AUGCCAAAGCACGAGUUCUCCGUGGACAUGACCUGUGAGGGCUGCUCUAAUGCGUUCAGUCGGGUCCUCAGCAAGCUGGAAGGAGUUCAGUCUGACGUUGACCUGCCCAACAAAAAGGUUUGCAUCAACUCCUCUGAGCACAGUGUGGACACUCUGCUGGAGACCUUGAAGAAAACAGGAAAAGCCGUUUCCUACCUCGGCCCCAAGUAGCAGGGUCCUGGCCCCUGGCCCGGAGGAUGGACCAAAGUGGGCAGACAGACCUGGGACCUGGCAGUCCUGCUCAGUGAUGGGAGUUCCUGCGGGGACCCUCACUCGCCCUGCUUGCUCCUCACUAGCUUCCCUGCAAUAAAGACAAGCUGCUUUGUUGAAGAUGUCAAAAAAAAAAAAAAAAAAAAAA